AUGGUGGAUCUUGAUUAUGCCCUAAGGCAUGACCCUCCUGCUGUUCUGACUGCUGAAAGCACUACAGAUCAGAAAAUAGAGCAUGAAAAGUGGGAAAGGUCUAAUAGAAUGUCUCUUAUGGUUAUCAAGAAUUCCAUCUCAACUGCCAUUAGGGGAGCUAUACCUGAUUCAGAGAAUGCCAAAGAAUAUCUGAAUUCAGUUGAGGAGCAAUUCAAGGGAUCUUCUAAAGCACAUGCGAGUUCUCUAAUUUUGAAGAUGCUUACCACAAAAUAUGAAGGGACUAGUGGUGUGCGUGAGCACAUAAUGAUGAUGAGCGACAUGGCCCAUAAGUUAAAGGGAUUAGACAUGGAAAUAAGCGACGGUUUUUUAGUACACUUCAUCAUGACUUCUCUUCCUGCACGUUUUAAUGCUUUUAAGAUCAACUAUAAUACUCAGAAAGACAAAUGGUCAAUGAGUGAGUUGAUAGCAAUGUGUGUGCAGGAGAAAGAACGUUUGAAACUAGAACAACCAGAAGUUGCUUAUAUCGCUACCACUAAGUCAGUGAAAAGGAAGGGAAAUUUUAAAGGGGAAAGUUCAAAAGUCCAGAAAGUUAAUUCAAAUACUGUUUCCAGCCCUAAUGUCUCCAAGGGACAGUCUCGUUGCAAGUUCUGCCAUAACAAAGGGCACUUGCAACGAGAUUGCUCAAAAUUCAAGGAAUGGCUGGCUAAGAAAGUAUCAGUAUCAAAGUUAGACAAUGAUGGUUUUGAAGUUUUACAUGGGCAUGGAAAGGUCACUAUUAGUUUAAACUCCCAAGUUCUUGGUUGUGGUUAUCUGGAUGGAAAUCUCUAUAAGUUAGAACUAGAUUAUAGUUUUUCGAAAUCUUUGUUGUCAUAUAAUGUAAAUGAGAAAAUCAACAAACGAAAACGAAAACGCAAACAUGAUUUGGAAACAUCAUCUAAAUUAUGGCAUCGACGUUUAGGCCACAUCUCACGAGACAGAAUGAUAAGACUCGUGAAGGAUGGUGAAUUACCAGAUCUUGAUUUUAGCGAUUUUGGAACAUGUGUUGAAUGCAUUAAAGGGAAAAAGACUAAUAAAAAUAAAAAGGGUGCCACAAGGAGUUCUGGAUUAUUAGAACUCAUACACACUGAUAUUUGUGGACCUUUUCCACCUGGCAUUACUGGCCAUACGUCUUUUAUUACUUUCAUAGAUGAUUAUUCUCGGUACAUGUACCUGUAUUUGAUUAAAGAAAAAUCUGAAUCACUUGAAAUGUUUAAAACUUUUAAGGCUGAAGUUGAAAACCAACUUAGCCGUAAGAUAAAGGUAGUGAGAUCAGAUAGAGGGGGUGAGUAUUAUGGUCGACAUACAGACAUUGGUCAAGUUCCCGGUCCUUUCUUUAAUUUUUGUAAAGAACACGGUAUAGUGAACCAAUUUACCAUGCCGGGUACACCUCAGCAGAAUGGUGUUGCUGAGAGAAGAAAUAGAACCCUUAUGGACAUGAUAAGAAGUAUGUUGGCAAACUCAAAUUUGCCAAAAUUUUUAUGGACUGAGGCAUUGAAGACAGCCGUUCUUAUACUAAAUAGGGUUCCUUCUAAAUCUGUCCCAAAAACUCCUUAUGAAAUUUGGACAGGAAAGAAACCAAGCUUAGAGUAUAUGAAAGUAUGGGGUUGUCCUGCUGAAGCUACACUUUAUGAUCCUUUGAAAAAGAAAAUUGACAUGAGGACAGUCAGUUGCUAUUUCAUAGGAUAUCCCGAACGAUCAAAGGGAUAUAGAUUUUACUGCCCUUCACACGUUACCCGUAUUGUGGAAAGUCGAAUUGCUGAUUUUAUAGAGGACUUUAAGCUUAGGAGGUCAUCAAGGCCAAGAAGGCCCACUAACUUUGAUGAUUAUGUAACCUACCUUAAUGAAGCUGAUUUGGAUUUAGGAAAGUAUAAUGAUCCAACCUCUUACAGUGAAGCCAUUGGUAGUGAUAAAUCUUCUGAGUGGAAUAAAGCUAUGAUUGAUGAGCUUGAUUCCAUGAAAAAGAAUGGCGUUUGGGAAUUGGUUGAAUUGCCCAAGGGGGUAAAACCCGUGGGAUGCGGACCAAUUUCAUGGAGGAGUCAUAAGCAACAGUUAACAACAACCUCAACGAUGAUGGCAGAAUAUGUUGCAGUGUACAAUGCAACGUGCCAUGGGAUGUUGUUAAGAAAUCUCAUCACUGGACUCAAAGUCGUUAUCUCCAUAUCACGACCAUUGAAGAUUUACUGUGACAACUCAGCUGCUGUUAGUUUCUCGAAUAGUAACAGUUCGAGCGGAGCUGGUUUAUACCUCGAUACAAAGUUUUUGUUCGUUCGAGAACGUGUAGAGGAAAAUAAUCUUUGUAUUGAGCACAUAAGCACUAAAGAUAUGCUAGCGGAUCCGAUGACUAAAGGUCUACCACCCAGAACUUUCCAAGAUCUUGUAAUGAGAAUGGGUUUUAGUAAAGACCUUGCUAUUUCACCAUUAAUGACGACAGCAGACCUUGAACCUCUUGUUCAUUUGUCAAAUGCGUUUAUAGAAUCGAAGAAGAAGAGGAAGGUGGUACAAGAACACAACGGAGCCGGCGAGGUUCUCCGACAGACCGAUGAUGAUGAUGACACGAUGAUGAUGAUGCUGAUGAUGUCGACACGAUGA